AUGGAAGGAAUGAUUAUACCAAAUUCAAAAGAUCAACAUGCUACGAUAUUAUUAAUGGGUCUAAGAAGAGGUGGUAAAUCAUCUAUUUGUAAAGUUGUAUUCCAUAAUAUGCAACCACUAGAUACUUUAUAUUUGGAAAGUACGUCUAAACCAACUACUGAACAAUUUUCAUCAUUAAUUAAUUUAUCAGUUAUGGAAUUACCAGGUCAAUUAAAUUAUUUUGAACCAAAUUAUGAUUCAGAAAGAUUAUUUAGUAAUAUUGGUGCUUUGGUUUAUGUAAUUGAUUCACAAGAUGAAUAUUUAAAUGCAUUAACCAAUUUAUCAAUGAUUAUUGAAUUUGCAGUAAAAGUUAAUCCUAAAAUUCAAAUUGAAGUUUUAAUUCAUAAAGUUGAUGGAUUAAGUGAAGAUUAUAAAAUUGAUGCUCAAAGAGAUAUCAUGCAAAGAUGUGGUGAUGAAUUAUUAGAUUUAGGUUUAGAAGGUGUUCAAGUUUCAUUUUAUUUAACUUCAAUCUUUGAUCAUCUGAUUUAUGAGGCGUUUUCAAGAAUUGUUCAGAAAUUAAUUCCUGAAUUACCAAGUUUAGAGAAUAUGUUGGAUAAUUUAGUUAGUCAUUCAUCAAUUGAUAAAGUAUUUUUAUUUGAUAUAAAUUCAAAAAUCUACGUUGCAACAGAUUCAGGACCUGUUGAUAUUCAAACUUAUGAAGUGUGUGCUGAAUUUAUUGAUAUAAGUAUUGAUUUGGAUGAUUUAUACAUUGAAAAUGAGGAAAACAACAACAAUAACAACAAUAAUAAUAAUAUUAAUAAUAAUAGUAAUAAUAAUAACCUUUUGAAUAAUGCACAAAAUAUUACAUCAAAAUCUAAAGAAUUAAAGUCAAUAAGUCAUUUAAGUAAUGGAUCUGUAUUAUAUUUAAAACAAAUGAUUAGAGGUUUAGCAUUAGUUGCAUUAAUACGGAAUGAAAAUCAAAUAUCAACAUCAAAUAAUACAAAUAUAAAUGAAACAUUUAAUGAAAUUUUACUAAAAAGAUCAAAUAAUGAUGAAAUUGAAAAAUCAUUAACUAUAAUUGAUUACAAUGUGGAUUUAUUUAAAGAUUCAUUAAUGAAAAUAUGGAAAACUUCAAAAUUAAUUAAAUAA